AUGUGGCAGGGCGACGACGGAGGUGGGGUUUAUGCGGCGGCGAUCGCCGGAGGUAGGCGGGGGAGGGGGAGGGGAAGAGGGCGCGGCAGGGGAAGGCUGCAGCCCGACGACCGGGCCUUCCGAUCGGUGGCGCUGAGGCCCCAGGACGAUGGGCUCGGGGUCGCGGCGGGGGAGAGGUUGACGAGGAAGAGGAAACAAGCGCCCAACGCCUACUGCGAUCUCGACUCCGCUGACGAUCAUGAGGACAAUGAGCCGAAUGGAUACAGCGAGGCACAGUUAGUUCAUCAUAUUUCAAAGACUCAGAAUAAGACCAAGGAUGAUGAUCUGAAUGGAUACAAUGAGGAACCACUGAUUAAUCAUAUUUCAAAGACUCAGGAUAAGCCCAAGGAUAAUGUAUAUACAAUAGAGGCUGUAACUAAGAAGAAGACCCGAUAUUCAGAGAAGGACGUUAUCAGAAAUAAGUUGGAGUACCAAGGAAAAAAUAAGGUUCCAUUAUCUAAUGGCAAAGAGAUUGAGAAAAAUAAUAAAAAACGGAAGAAGAGGAAUGGAGAUGAUGCACUGAUGUGCCACCAGUGUCAGAAAAAUAACAAUGGGAGGGUGGUUCGGUGCACAUCAUGCAAAAGUAAACGCUUCUGUUUGCGAUGUAUGAAACGAUGGUAUCCUUCUUUGUCAGAAGCCGAAUUUUCUGCGGAAUGCCCAUUUUGUCGCAAAAUCUGUAAUUGCAAGGCAUGCUUACGGAUGAAAGGCGUUGAACUGCCUCCAAGAAAGGACAUUUCCAGAGAAAAUCAAAUUCGCUAUGCUUUCCAUAUUGUACGUUUGUUGCUUCCCUGGCUGAGAAAACUGCGACAGGAGCAGAUGGAUGAAAAGACAACAGAAGCAAAAAGACAAGGUGCAUCAGUGAAGGAAGUGAAAUUGGAGCGAGCUAAGCCUCAUCCAGAUGAGCGUACUUAUUGCAACAACUGUAAAACUUCCAUAUUUGAUGUGCACAGAAGAUGCAGAGUUUGUCAGUAUGACUUGUGCAUUGCAUGCUGCCGGGAGCUUCGCCAAGGUAAGAUUCCUGGAGGAGAAGAUCUAGAGAUAGCGCAGUAUGAAGAUAGAGGCAAUGAGUAUGUUUUUGGUCGUAUUCCUAAUUCAAGGAAUAGAGAUAAAAGGGCCCCUUUUAAGAGGCACAAGGACACAGAUAAGACUGUCGUACCAUGGAAGGCAAAUAGUGAUGGUAGUAUACCUUGCCCCCCAAAAGAAAAAGGAGGCUGUGGUGGUUCACAUUUAGACCUCAAAUUCUUGCAGACAGAGACGAUGCUUUCGGAGUUAGAAGACCGUGCUGACAAACUUGUUAGGAGCGAAACAUUUAAAGAAGGGGUCGCCAAUGCAAGCGAUGGGUGCCCUUGCUCUGAUCAUUCCGACAAGAGAACGCAGGCUGCAAAUAGGGAUGGCUCAGAUGAUAACUACUUAUACAGCCCAAGAGCCGAAGAUAUCCAGGACGAUGACUUGGUGCACUUUCAGAACCAUUGGGCAGAGGGUGAACCAGUUAUUGUUUCCGAUGUUCUUCGGUUAACCGCUGGUCUGAGUUGGGAGCCAUCAGUUAUGGUGCGGGCAUUGAGAGAAAAAAAGACCGCUAACUUGGCUGUCGAAGCAUUAGAUUGCCUUGAUUUGUGUGAGGUGGAAAUUAAAAUAUGCGAUUUUUUCAAGGGAUAUACCAGAGGAAGAACUCAUCCUUCAUCUCGCUGGCCACAGAUACUUAAGCUAAAAGACUGGCCACCAUCUAGUUCCUUUGACGAGAGAUUAGCUCGUCAUGGUGCUGAAUUUAUCAGUGCAUUGCCAUUUCCAGAGUACACUGAUCCACAAUAUGGUCCGUUGAAUCUUGCAGUCAAGCUUCCUGCCCGUUCCUUGAAGCCAGAUCUUGGGCCAAAAGCAUACAUUGCGUAUGGAAUUCGCCAAGAGUUAGGCAGGGGUGACUCCGUGACGAAGCUGCACUGCGAUAUGUCUGAUGCGGUAAAUAUUUUAACACAUACUGCUGAAGUGGCCUACAAGAUUGGUGACCUUCAUGAUAUAGAAGAAAUUAGAAGUAAAAUGGCAAGACAAGAUAAUCAUGAAUUUUAUGGGGAUUUAAAUGAGGCAAAUAAAUCUGGUGAGCUGCAUAAUGGAGGCCGCUCUACUUUGGGCAAGCAAGGCAAUAGAGGACUCCGCAACAAAGUUAGAGGUGGCCCUUCCAAGAGAGUGCCAAAGAGUUCAGUGGAACAGAAUACCGGUGGUGCCUUAUGGGAUAUUUUUCGUAGAGAAGAUUCCAAGAAAUUACAAGAGUAUCUUAAAAAGCACGCGUCUGAAUUUCGGCACAUUUACUGCAAUCCUGUGAAACAGGUUAUUCACCCUAUUCAUGACCAGACUUUUUAUUUAACUGAGGAACAUAAGAGAAAUCUCAAGAAAGAAUGUGGUGUUGAGCCCUGGACGUUUGAACAGAAGCUUGGUGAAGCGGUUUUCAUUCCUGCUGGAUGUCCUCAUCAAGUCAGGAAUUUGAAGUCUUGCGUCAAGGUUGCAAUGGACUUCGUUUCCCCUGAAAAUGUUAAUGAAUGUAUAAAACUGACUAAAGAGUUUAGAUGUCUUCCAUCCGGUCACAGGGCUAAAGAAGAUAAAUUAGAGAUAAAUAAGAUUGCUUUUCAUGCUCUUAAAGCUGCUGUAAAUUUGUUGGACCCUUCCUCGGGAGUGUUGGACAGUGAGGGUGACCAGCUCAGUGAUGAAGCUGUAGAUGAGAAGCGUAAAAGGCCAGGCAGACGCCGAAGAGGCGCCAUGAAGAACAAACGGCAAGCUGGCAGGAAGAGCGAAGAUCAGUCCAGGGACGAAGGUGUUGAUAAGAAGCAUAAAAAUGGACGUGGUCUCCCUAGUGGCGACAAGUCCAGCGACGAAGCUUUAGUUGAGAAGAGGGGACGUGGCCGCCCAGGUCGCAAUCUGCAGAGCGAAGGUCAGUCCGGCCAUGAAGCUGCAGAUGAGAAGCCUAGAAGACGUGGUCGCCCAAGUCGCAACCAGAAGAAUGACGAUCAGUCUAGCGAUGAAGCUGUAGCUAGGAAGCCUAGAAGAGGCCGUGGUCGCCCAAGCCGCAACCUGAAGAAUGAAGUCCAGUCCAUCGAUGAAGCUGUAGAAGUCAAGUCCAUCGAUGAAGCUGUAGACGAGGAGCAAAGGGAACCUCGCACAAGGGGUGAUCUGAAAAGGUUGUGCAUGAAUGAAGCUGUAUACGAAAGGAAGCCUAAGAGGGGACGUGGACGCCCAAAAGGUUCUUGA